AUGGUGCUAAGAGUUGCCAGCCUUUUUAUGCUCUGGCUGGCUCUUUCCUAUGCAAAUGAAAUAAGAAAAGGCAGGACAAGAAACCAUGGUCACUAUGUCUGCAGCACUUGGGGAAACAACCAUUUCAAAACUUUUGAUGGAGACAUCUACCAGUACCCUGGCAUUUGCGAGUAUAAUUUUGCUUCUGACUGCCGAGAGUCUUACAAGGAGUUCUCUGUCCACAUUCAGCGUGCUCUGAACAGCAAUAACCACCCUGAGAUCCAGUAUAUUCUGCUAACAAUCAUGGACUUUACAGUGUACCUAAGACCAAAACUGGUUGUGGUGGAUGGGCAGAUUGUGAAGACACCUUACUACAGCUCUGGUGUGCUUAUUGAGAGCAAUGACAUUUACACCAAGGUUUAUGCCAAAUUAGGCCUGAUUCUGAUAUGGAAUCAAGAAGAUGCAUUGAUGGUGGAGCUGGAUAGCAAAUUUAAUAACCAUACAUGUGGUCUCUGUGGGGAUUACAAUGGAGUUCCGAUCUACAAUGAAUUUAUCAAUGGAGAUGAAAGCUACAAUUCAAUUACGUAUGGGAAUUUACAGAAGAUCAACAAACCCAAUGCCAAAUGUGAGGAUCCUGAUGAAACUCAGGCUCUUCCAAGCUGUAAUGGGCAUCGUGAUGAAUGUGAGAGGCUGCUGACUGCCUCUGCAUUUGCGGAUUGUCGGUUACGUCUCAAUUUGGAAAUGUACAUCCAAGCUUGCAUGCAGGACAAAUGUGCAUGUAAUGGAAGUGAAGACUCCUUCUGCCUCUGCAGCACCAUCUCUGAGUAUUCUCGCCAGUGUUCACAUGUAGGUGGCCGGCCGGGUGAAUGGAGGACACAGAACUUUUGCACUAAAACCUGUCCUGAUACCAUGAUCUACAGAGAAAGCAGCUCACCCUGCAUGGAUACUUGCUCACAUUUGGAGAUCAGUAGUCUUUGUGAGGAACACUACAUGGAUGGUUGUUUCUGUCCUGAAGGAACUGUGUAUGAUGAUAUUACUGAAAAAGGAUGCAUACUUGUUAGCCAGUGCCACUGCACACUCCAUGGAAAUAAGUAUUCACCUGGAGAAAGCAUUACCAAUGAAUGUGAAGAAUGCACCUGUAAUUCAGGCAGAUGGACAUGCAAAGAUUUACCCUGUCCAGGCACAUGUUCAGUGGAAGGAGGAUCCCAUAUUACCACUUUUGAUGGGAAGAAAUACACCUUCCAUGGAGACUGUUAUUAUGUGUUGUCUAAGGGUUCUGUAAAUGACAGUCAUGCUCUCCUGGCAGAGCUGGCUCCCUGUGGCUCCACAGGCAGGCAGACCUGUUUGAAGACUGUUGUGCUGCUAGUAGAUGACAAAAAAAAUGUGGUGGUUUUCAGAUCAGAUGGCAGUGUGUUAAUGAAUGAGAUGACUGUGAAUGUGCCUCAUGUGUCAGCCAGCUUCUCAGUAUUCAAGCCAUCUUCCUACUACCUUGUUGUACAAACUUCUUUUGGGCUUCAGCUGCAAAUCCAGUUGCUUCCAGUCAUGCAACUGUUUGCAACUGUGGAUCAAUCAGUUCAAGGAAAACCUCAAGGUCUUUGUGGAAACUUUAAUGGAAUGGAAGGUGAUGACUUUAAAACAACCAGUGGGCUGGUAGAAGCUACAGGAUCUGCCUUUGCUAACACAUGGAAAGCUCAAUCCACCUGUACAGACCAGGCAGAAAAGCUGGAAGACCCCUGCAGUCUCAGCAUUGAAAGUGCAAAUUAUGCUGAGCAUUGGUGUUCUUUGCUGAAAAACUCAGAGGGUCCCUUUGCAAGAUGUCACUUAAUCAUUGAUCCGUCAGAAUACUAUAAGAAAUGUAAAUAUGACACCUGCCUCUGUGAAGACAGUGAAGACUGCUUGUGUGCUGCCCUGUCCUCCUACUCGAGAGCCUGUGCUUUCAAAGGGGUCGUACUGGGAGGCUGGAGACAAAGUGUCUGCAGUAAUGAAGUGUCUGCCUGCCCAGGGAAUCAAAUCUUCCUUUACAACCUUACAAUGUGCCAGCAAACCUGUCGUUCCCUUGCUGAUGGUGAAAAGCAUUGCUUGCAAGACUUUGCUCCUGUGGAUGGCUGUGGCUGUCCAUAUAAUACAUACUUGGAUAACCAGGAUACCUGUGUGCCCAUCUCCAAGUGCCCAUGUUAUUACAAGGGAUCAUACCUGGAACCAGGGGAAUAUGUCACAAAAGAUGGAGAACGCUGUGUUUGCCGAAAUGCAAAGGUCCAGUGUACUUCAGUGACAAUAAGAACGCAAAGUGUAACAGAAUGUUCUUCUAACAAGACUUACUUUGACUGCAAUGCAUCUCCAAGCUGGACUUCACAAACACCUGUACAACUUAGCUGUCACACUCCUCAAACUGAUCAUUUCCAGGCAGAGUGUAUCUCAGGCUGUGUGUGUCCUGAAGGACUAUUUGAUGAUGGGAAAGGAGGCUGUGUUGAGGAGAAGGACUGCCCAUGCAUUCAUAACAACCAGUGGUAUUCUCCUGGAGAGCAGGUAACAGUGGACUGCAACACCUGCACCUGCCAAAAAGGGGUUUGGAGCUGCACUGAAGAUGUGUGCUAUGGGACUUGUAUGAUAUAUGGAAGUGGCCAUUAUAUCACUUUUGAUGGAAAAUUCUAUGACUUUGAUGGAAGCUGUGAAUAUGUGGCUACUCAGGACUUUUGUGGUGAUAGAAAUUCCAGCGGCUCAUUCAGUAUCAUCACAGAGAAUGUCCCUUGCGGAACUACAGGAGUCACCUGCUCAAAGGCUAUUAAAAUGUUUCUGGGGAAAACUGAACUGAAAUUGGAGAACAAAGAUUAUAAAGAAAUUCAGCGAGAUAUUGGUGAUGAUGUACAUUAUUGGAACAGGACAGCAGGCCUCUACCUUGUUAUUGAGGCUAGCAAUGGUGUGAUGCUUAUCUGGGAUAAGAAGACUACUGUUUUCAUCAAGCUGACCCCUGAUUACAAAGGCAAAGUGUGUGGUCUGUGCGGCAACUUUGAUGACAAGUCUAACAAUGACUUUACAACAAGGAGUGGGCUGCAGGACACUAGUGCUCUGAAGUUUGGGAAUUCCUGGAAACAGUCUUCUAUGUGCCCAGAUGUUACAGAAGAGAUAAAGCCCUGUGAUGUAAAACCGCACCGGAAGUCCUGGGCAGAGAAAGAAUGCAGCAUCAUCCAGAGUGAAGUCUUUAAAAUUUGUCACUCCAAGGUGGACCCAAUUCCUUUCUAUGAAGCUUGUGUUCAUGAUGCCUGCUCUUGUGACAGUGGUGGAGACUGUGAGUGCUUCUGUUCUGCAGUUGCUGCAUAUGCUCAAGAAUGUACCAAGCACCAGGCCUGUGUUUUCUGGAGAACUCCUGAUAUAUGCCCUAUAUUUUGUGACUACUACAACCCUCGUAAUGAGUGUGAUUGGCACUAUGAGCCUUGUGGCAGUAAUGUCGUGACCUGCAGGAUAAUUAAUAAUGUCAGCACCAACUUUUCAGUACCAUACCUGGAAGGUUGCUAUCCCAGAUGCCCUAAUGACAAGCCUGUUUAUAAUGAAGAGACAAAGGAAUGUGUGACUGAAGAUCAAUGUUGGUGUUACAUCGGUGGAAUUCAUGUUCCCCCUGGGCAUGAAAUAACCACAGAAGAGAACUGCACAAAAUGUGUCUGUGGCCCCUCAGGAUCCAUACAGUGUACACCAAUCCCAGGGUGUCCUUGUGUCAUCAACGGAACAAGUUAUGAAGUGGGUGAAACUGUGGCACAAAUACAGGAUGGCAACAUAUGUAUAACAUAUGUUUGUGCAGAAAAUGGUUCUAUAGUUGUUGGAAGUACUUAUCCUUGUCCUACAACUACUUCACCUACAACCAUUUCAACCUCCUUUCCUACCAGUACUCUAACCACUACAGUUACCACUACAAGCCCUCCAAUAACUACAACUCCAUGCUUUGAUUUAAUCUGUAAUUGGACUGAGUGGUUUGAUGUUAGCAAACCUGAAGAGGAUGGUGGUGACUAUGAAACCUACGAUGCAAUAAGAAAUGAAUAUGGAAACGAAAUAUGUGAAGCUCCUGAAAAUAUUGAAUGCAGGGCUAAAGAUAAUCCACAUGUUAGCUUAGAGGAACUUGGCCAGAAAGUAGAGUGUAAUGUUACAUAUGGACUUAUCUGUAAAAAUGAGGAGCAAGAUCCAACUAUGUGGCAACUCUGUUAUAAUUAUGAAAUCAGGGUAAAUUGUUGUGAGCAGCAUGAAAUUUCUUGUGAGACUACAAGUACACGGCGCCCAACACAAACUGCAACUUCAACUGCCAGCACAACAGUACCUGUCACCACUACAGCCAGGCAGCCAACAACAAUUACCACCACAUCCAUACCCACCUCAACAAUCAGAAGCGAAUUCACACCAUCAGUUACCACCCCAGUAACUCCAACUUCUCCAG